UCGCGGGGCACGUUGUGACUUAAAAACUACAAACGCCGGCACCGUUCCGUUAAAUGCACGUAUUCAAUUUCAGAGACCGCGCGUUUUCAGGCUCUUCAGAUUGAGCUUGAAUCACAUUAAAAAAAUUUUUUUGCAAUGAAGCUUAGUGAUGUGUUGGGUGGUUUUUUGAAUUAAAAUAAAUAAAGUGAUUAUUAAAAUCUAAUUAAUUUCUUAAUCGAUUAAGUUAGUUGGGAUGGUUUGGAAAAUUUUAAUUGGAUUUGAGUUCCUUUUAUAUUUAAUUUUAUGGGUUGAAACUGCUGUUGUACCACCACCAUGGGCAGAUCCAACGAUUAACCCUUGCGCAGCGUUACCUCGAGGUUGGCAACUGCUCUAUUGGCCACCCGAUGGCAAGUGCUAUAAAAUUUUCCAGAUGGGUUAUCCUUGUCCAUCUGACAUGGAAUUAAGUCCAACGCCGAACGUGGCUGGAAAACGAGAAUUUGCCGCAGAAUGUCGAUGCCCUCCGAAAACGGCUCAAUCAGACGAGGAUGGAAGUUGUUACGAGCUUUUCACAGCAGGAAAUUGUCAACGAGGAUAUUAUUUCGCUCCGGACACAAAGGCGAGAAAUGACGGCAACGUGUCGAAGAGGCGAUUUGGUAUUUGCCGAGAAAUCCCCAAAUGCCAAAAUGAAAACGAGAUUUACUGGCCGCAAAACGGGAUAUGUUACGAAAAAUUAACGAGAGGACCAUGCCCCAAAGCUCAACUUUUAACAAUCGACGCAAAAGGAGUUUCGACAUGCCGAUGCGGAAAAGACGACGAUACUUCGGAGUUUAAAUACAAAGACUCGGGAUGCUAUCAACAUUUCACCAGGGGGCCGUGUAAAGAAAAGGGUCAUAUCUUUUUACCUGAAGGAACGUGCGGUUGUUACGACGAUUUACCGCAUUAUCAUGAUGUUACGCAACAAUGUUUCGAAAUCGGCUCCAUAGGUCCUUGUUCAAAAGGCGAACAAUACCAAUUAGAUUCAACAAAACAAAAAGCAACAUGCCUCUGCAAAAAAGAAUACGUUCGUUACACCCAAAAUUCAAGAUGUUAUCGUCCUUACACUCAAGGACCAUGUCCAUCGGGACAAAUGUUAAUAAAUUCAACAACGUGCGAAAUUCAACCUUGCAAAAAAGGCGAACUUUACUUCCCCGAAGAUAAACGUUGUUAUCGCAUAGGAAGACGCGGUCCGUGCCGUUUAGGGGAAGUUUUAACGUUUGAUUUUGAAACGCGACCAUCGUUAGAUGGAAAUUCUUAUAACGGAGUGUGUCAGUGCGCGAGAACGAAUACUUGCGAUGAAAAUGCAAUUGAAAAGGACAAAUUGGAGUGUGAAAAUCAUCAAGCGCGGUUUGAAAACGUUUGUUACAAAUUGUACACGCAAGGACCGUGCGUUAAAGGAGCGUGGUUAGCGCCGAAAAGACGCCCUCGUGACGGUUUAUGGGGGGAUGAAGAUGAAGAGAAUGAAGAAAAUACGGGGUUUUGUGAAUGUAUGCCGGGGUAUACCAGCACAAUUCGUAUGGUUAGAAAUAAAAUUGUUGUUGACUGUUUAUCACCGACUGUGAUUUUAGCUGAUUAUUUAAAUAAGAAUUUUUUAUCGUUGAAUGAUACCGACAAUGAUGAAGAUAGUGCAAUAAAUUAAUUUAAAAAAAUUAUUAAUAGUGUUUAAAAAAAUUUGAAGUAAUAUGUAAAUAAAACAUUUUGUAC